AUGAGCGACGACAUUUUAGACAACAUGUCUCUCUCGGACGACGAAAUGCUCGACAGCUUAGCAGACGAUAUGCUGAUGGAGAUGAUGGAAGACAUGGAGCAACCAGCGGCGAUAUCAACCCCCGCUGUAUCAAGCUCAUGGUCUCAAGGAUCAGUGUCAGUCCCCAGCACUGUGAUUCCUCCAGCCAACAUGCCGGAUCUGGGUCAAAUGAUGUCUCAAAUGAUGCCCUUGAUGUCCCAAAUGUUUAGUGGGAAUGCCGGUGUCAACCCGAUGCUUGGAGGUGGUGCCAAUUCGUUGCAGCAAGCACCAAUCUCAUGGCAGGAGCUCGUGAAGCGUCAUGUACCAAGCAACGAGCAGGAAGAUUGGCUCACGACCAUCGACAAGGACGCGACCAAGCUGUACAUUUCCACUGCUUCUAAGAGUCUCAUUAAGCCACACAGUCGCUCUUACCGCACGACGGCAUCGCCAAUGCCCAACGUGUACAUGGAAGUGGGCACGAUGCUGGCCAACAUGCUAAACGAGGCGGUGCGCUCUGCUCAAUUGGAGCACAAUCGGCAGUGGCAGGAGUUAAAGGAUGGCGUCGUGUCGCAUCUUGCACAAACUGGGAUGACGAAGGUGUUUGAAAACAAGUUCAAGGAGAUGCUACGACAGCGCGUUGCUAAUGAUCCAGACUAUCUGGCAGAGAAAGACAGCGAUCGCUAUCGCAACAUAACAGAAGCACUCUCAGUAUAA